UUGAACGUCGUUGAUAUAUUUAUUUAAACGUUAUUUUUCGUGUAAUUAUUGUGCAAAAUACAAUAAACAAAUAAAAAUAUCGACAACAAAAAUAGAAAUGCAUAAAAUAGUCACGAUUUAAAAUCAUACUUUACACUAUUCACUUUCCACAAACAUAACCUCAAAUUCUGACAGUUCCUUCUAAAACAAAACUCACGCACAAUCUUUUGCGCUGUGUUAAACAAAACAAAUAAAAUCACAACCACACUUCGGAUUAACAAAAACCAUGUAAAUACCCUUUAACAUCAUUUUCAUACAAAUUCUGUAUCAUUUACAUAUCAUUUGUCUAUUACAUAACCUAACAAUGUCGUCCAUGACAUUCGGUCAAAAGUCUUUCAUUCCAACGGCGCCCCAAAAGGGCAGUUUCCCUCUGGAUCACGAAGGACAAUGUAAACUGUUUAUGAUCAAAUAUAUGCGUUGUUUGAGAGAGAACAAAAACGAUAAUUCUAAAUGUCGUGACGAGGCACAAAGUUAUUUGGCUUGCAGAAUGGACAACGAGUUGAUGGCUAGAGAGGAUUUUGCUAAACUUGGAUUCGAUAAGAAGGAAAUAAAUUGAUACAGAAAUAAUAAAAG